GUCGACGACGGAUUCGAGGCGCGGACGCACCCGAUAAUGCCGCUCUUUCUUCUCGGUUUCAGGAGGAAGCCGCGUCGCCCAGAUCCGACGUCUGCGCCAACGAGAGCGACGGCGAGAGCAGCGACGGCGACUCUCCCGUCGUCCCCAAGGAUUCUCUCAAGAACAAUCACUCGGGAAAUGUGCCUUCGCUCUCUGCAGGGAUUAUGUACCAGGUGCCUCAGAGUGUCAUUUAUUCGCCCAGUCCAGGGGUCUUGCUCGGCAUAGGACAAAACGGGCAACCGGUGCAAAUAUCUCAAGACGGAGGUACAGUAGCACCGGUAGCGAACUCGUCGCAGUCGAGCCAGCCGUUCAUCACGAUACCGCUGAACGUCGCGAUGAGCGCGGCGGGACUGUCCUUACCGGUGACCUCCAGGAUGACCUCCAGGUCGCCGACGACGACGACGGCAGCGGCAGCGGCGGCGGCGGCGGCGAUGUCCACUUGCGGCGACUUGCCUUCCGAUCUCAGCAAAGAUCGGGAAUGACGCGGGAUUUUUCCAACGAGCGGAGCGCCUGCGACGACGACGAAAGUAGCAGUCGAGCCUCCGCUUUCUCGCUCGCCAUAGGCGGAAAUUUGUCGUGCGAAAUUGUCCGGACGAGGCCGCGGAAGCGAAUUCUCGCGCGGAUAUCUCCGGACUCGCGUGAUACUUCCACAUCCGGGAUAGCACCGGGCCGGGCGAUCCAGGUUUUCGGGCGGAUCAUGCGAGCGACUACGACCCCAUCGCAAUUGUGGGAUUCUUCGCCCCCCCCCCCUCUUCGUGCCGUCGUUGUCGGGGUUGAAUGUUUGCGCGCUUCUGUACGAGAUAAACCAGGAGAACCUAGGAUCUGCUAGAAAUCACGCACUUAACAGAGAGCAUAGCACAUGAGCGUCAAGUCAUUAAUAAUGAGGCGAGAGUAGAGUUUUCACACUGUUAAAUUUGUAGUGUUAAAUUUAACUCGAUGAGUAGUCGCUGCCGCUUCUAUUCAACGUAUCGUUAAUUCAAUUAAACAAUGGAGUCGAAGGAAUCCAUAAAAUGGGUUGGAUAAAAGGUGCAGUUAUUUUGUUAACUGCAAUUUGAAACAAUAAAUUUUACUGCACAUGAUGGCCAAAAGUAACAACAUAUUGAGUAGGAGCAGUGGCGACUACUCAUCGAGUCACCGCGAGUUUAACAGCGCGAAGAUUAGAACAAUCAGCUUCUUGCUCUAGAAGAAUUAUUUUAUUUACAGAAUACAUCAUUGGAUUGUAGACUGAGCAAAGAUGUUACCCUAAUGACGAAACUGGAUAUCUCGAGGCAUAAGCCAUGGUAAACUCGUCAAUUGCGACUAUUUCUAAACGUUAAUAGAACUUCGACAAUGUAGUAAAGAAACUUCGAAACACCCGUAGAAAACGAAAAUGGCCGAGAUUUCACCUCUUCUUGGUUGAUAUUGUUUCAGAUCUUGCUUCGUUUCAAACUUGAUUUUCUCUGAGACUUCUGUAAGGGUGUUGUUUUUCUUUUACAUGAUAUUUCACCUGUUUGUACUUUCCUGGAUACAUAGAUCUUAUAUCAACAAUUAACCCUUUGCGUCCCAACAUAAGAAAAAAAAAUGUUAAAAAGAAAAUAUUUAUUAUACCUUAAUAACUAUCAAUUAUACAAAA